CUUAUAUAUUCUAUCAACCCUUUUCGUAAAAGUCCAACACAAUGAGCACUCUUCAAAGGGCUUGUACUUCAAGCUCUUGUUAUCAUGCAGAAACCUGCUAGAGAGAAAUCGCAUGACGCAGGCACACCCGAGGAACAUGGCCUGCCACCCUACUCUCUCUAUGCCGAUGGCGUCGACGGCGGCCUCGCCAUUGAUACGGCAGACGUGCAAGCUGAUGGGCGUAUCGACGUCGACCUUGACUCUUCCUUCGCCAGAACCCUUGCCCAAAUAAUCGAAGCCCAGCAAGAGGACAUACACAAUCCACCACCAGAGUACUUUGAGGAACGCCCAAAGCAGUCUGAACCGGUGAACUGCAAUAUCAAGUUGAACGUUGUCAUUCAGAUAGUGGGUAGCCGCGGAGAUGUCCAGCCGUUCAUUGCGCUGGGGAAUGAGCUGCAGAAGGUCGGGCACCGUGUUCGUAUCGCCACUCAUGAUGUGUUCAGAACCUUUGUCACACAGUCGGGCCUGGAGUUCUAUCCAAUCGGGGGCGACCCAGCUGAGCUGAUGGCGUUCAUGGUCAAGAACCCCGGGCUCAUUCCCAAGAUGAAAAGUUUACGGGCUGGCGAGGUGCAGAAGAAAAGGGCUAUGGUGGCCGAGAUGCUUGACGGCUGUUGGAGGUCAUGUAUCGAGGACGACCCUGUCACACAGGUACCAUUUGUUGCCGAUGCGAUUAUCGCCAACCCGCCCAGCUUCGCCCAUAUACACUGUGCACAAGCACUGAGCAUCCCUGUCCACUUGAUGUUCACCAUGCCGUGGAGCAGUACCAUGGCUUUCCCGCAUCCUCUUGCAAAUCUACGCGCCUCAGACAUGAACCCUACAACUGCAAAUUGGGUUUCAUAUGGCGUUGUCGAAUGGUUAACCUGGCAGGGGCUAGGCGAUGUGAUCAAUCGUUGGCGAGCUGGAAUUGAUCUGGAACCAAUCCCAUUAUCGGAGGGACCUAGUCUUGCAGAGACUCUGAAGAUACCUUUCACAUAUUGCUGGUCUCCGGCGCUAGUACCUAAGCCACGAGAUUGGCCGAGUCACAUUGAUAUUUGUGGAUUCUUUUUCAGAAACACUCCAUCAUACAAGCCGCCAAGGGAAUUGCUGGACUUCUUGCAGUCUGGCCCGGCUCCCAUCUACAUCGGCUUCGGCAGUAUUGUCGUUGACAACCCCCAGAAAUUAACAAAGACGAUUCUCGAUGCAGUCGCAGGUGCCGAUGUGCGUGCCAUCAUCUCACGCGGAUGGAGUAAAUUAGGAGGAGACCCAAACCAGAAUAUUUUCUACAUUGAUGAUUGUCCUCACGAAUGGCUGUUUCAGCACGUCGCUGCGGUGGUACACCACGGUGGCGCAGGAACGACAGCAUGCGGGCUUGCUCAUGGACGACCAACCGCGAUCGUUCCGUUCUUCGGGGAUCAACCCUUCUGGGGCAACAUGGUAGCACGUGCUGGCGCCGGCGCUAGACCGAUCCCAUAUAGUCGCCUCAACUCGCAAGACUUAGCAGAUGCCAUAUCAUUCUGCCUGACACCACAGGCAGCCGCAGCAGCUCAACAGAUUUCCGCUAAGAUGAGAACUGAGUCCGGCGUCACUGCCGCUGUUCAAUCAUUCCAUCGCCAUCUGCCCCUAGAGCGAAUGCGGUGUCGCGUGAUGCCUAACCAAGCGGCGGCAUGGACAAUCAUCAAGUCCAAGCAGAAAAUUCAUCUCUGCAAGCCAGUCGCUCAGAUACUGAUUGAAAAGUCCUUAAUCAAUGCGAAAGACAUUAGAAGUCAUGAAGUCAACCCAAUUUUCAUAGAAAACCGUCGUUGGGAUCCGCUCACCGGACUGUUAUCUGCCUCUACGAGCACAGGCUACGACAUGCUCAAAUCGAGUGGUGGAAUGCUCUACAAGCCUUACAUGGAAUACAAGCGCAGCCGCUCACCAAGGCCUUCGUCAAAUUCCGCGAACAGAAAUAAUCCCCGUGCUUCGAGCUCGACUGCAUCAAUUGACCACUCAAGCACCAGCGAAAGCAACACUCAAUAUCCUGCGGACGGUCGAAUAGUCAAAGAGACGUUACCUGGCUCUCUGGCCACCGCUGGCAACAUAGCCGGGGUUACAUUGAAGGAAUUCGGCAAGUUUACCAGUUCUUAUUUUAAGGGAGUGGUGGUCGAUAUCCCGCACGCCACUGCGGAGGGAUUCCGACAGGUUCCUCGAUUGUACGGAGAGCAACCUAAGGACUACGGCACUGUCAAAGAUUGGAGAACAGGAGCUGUGAUGGGUGGCCGAAACUUCGUGGAUGGAAUGGCGGACGGCUUCACGGGGCUCUUUACACAGCCCAUCAAGGGAGCUAAAGAGGAAGGAGUGCUGGGUGCUGUUAAAGGGCUUGCCAAAGGCACGAUCGGGCUAGCUACUAGGGUUCCUUCUGCUGGGAUUGGAUUGGUGGCAUAUCCGUUCCACGGCAUUGCAAAAACAAUCGAAGGACUGGCCAAAUCAAAGACGAAAAAAGCCAUUGUCAAUGCCCGACUGAGAGACGGACUAUAUAUUGCAGAAAGGAUUCAAUUAACACCAGAGGAAGAGGCAGCGAUACUGCAAAGGUUCCAGGCUCUCGCGCAGUCGGUGGACGGCUGAGCAUAUCGUGAGAUAAAGCUGAAACAGACUCCGAAGAUGGCAAGCCCGAUGCGAAUAACUAUUGCACGCGAAAUCAAUUUCAAACAUUGAAAACUCCUCGCGCUCGAAAUGAAAUGAACCAUCUAGCCCAAGGCGGAAGUCAUCGGCCGAUUUAUUGAACAAUCCACAAUCCUUCAGCCGAACAAUGUUCUUAGCGCCCGGCGAAAUAGAUUAAUCUCAUUAUCUUCUUCUACUAACGAAUAACUCCUGCCC